GUUACUUCUCUUUCUUUUUCUUAUCGUUUAGAGUAUUUAUAACAUAUACAAUGGCUGCUAGUAGAAACUUGGCAGACGCUUAUCGUAAUACCGAGGAAGGAAGUUUUGGUUUAUUGAAUUUCCGAGAUUUAGGUGUUUCUUCAGCUGACAAUGCUGAACAUAAAAAGUACAUGAAGGAAGGUUUGGUAUUUCGGUCAGCCACCAUGGACAACAUGAGUGAGGAACAAGUUGAUGCAUUCCUCAAAGCACACAACAUUAAGACCAUUCUUGACUUGCGAACUGGGUAUAAAAAAAAAAGGGUAGCUAGUAUGUUGUUCAUGGACUAACUAUUCUCUUUUUUUGUAGUAUGGAAGGUCGUGAAGGUUUGCCUAUUGACAAGAGUUUUCCUACCUCUGCUCUCGAGACACUCACUCCCGCUAAUGUCAUCUUGGACGAUAAAAAUACCCAAUCCGAAGCCAAUAUAUCCGAAGAGUACAAUACAACGGGUCAAGGUAA